AUGAUGUUGGGAUUCCUUACAACUGGAGGUUUUGGAUAUCAGAACCGGCUGACAUUGCUCCAGCAACUGAUAGAAUGUGGUGAUGUUCUACUGGGAAGGGAAUUCGUUUGUGGUUUGGACAAUCGGAUAUCAAAUUCAAGGAGUUCAGUAUCGCCUGACGUGGUGAACAAAGAUCUCGGUCUGUCAGAGAGUGAUGAUGAAGUAGCCGCGACCACCACAAGGCUUGAACCCAUCCUCUCUCCCAUCGGUUCCGGUGGUUCUCCCAGUUCAGGGAGUUCGUCUCCAUCAGAUUCUGAAUCUGAGUCAUCAUCAGCUGAGUCCAGCCCGGCGGUUGCUCCUCCCGCGCCCGUCCCAGCACCGCAGAGAUCCUCUUGGAGCCUCUCGAACUUCGCGCCACCACCACCACCCGACCACGCGGAUCUAAGUAAUGUUUUGGCCGACGCUAAAGGGAAACCGGUAGGUUGA